AUGGCUGAUUUAUUGGAUGAUGUAUGGGGAUCCGGUGAUGAUCUAGAUGAGUCUACGAGAGAACUGAGUCCCGAUUUACUGAAACUUAAAGAUAACCAUAGCAAACGGGGGUAUCUGGAUGGCAUUGUUAGCGCAAAGGAGGAAAAUUUACAAGAUGGUUUCGACAUGUCUUUCCCUUUGGGUGCCGAAUUAGGUUUGCGUGUCGGAAAAAUAAUAGGGCGAUUGCAAGGUUUAGAAUACAGAUAUGGCAAAGAUGAUGAAGAGCUAAAGAAAGAUUUCAAUAAUGCAAAGCAAGAACUGCAAAUAAAAAAUAUUCUUACUAAGCGCAUUUUUACGGAGGAUUAUAAUUUGGAAGACAGCAAACAUCCAGUCGUCUCUAAAUGGGAAGAAAUCGUCACUAAAUAUUGUGAAAAGUACAAUGUUAAGACGGAAUAG